AUGGAGAGCCUUCCUCACGAGUUUCCUGCCCUACCUGCACACUUCGACAAUGGUAUAUGGCCACCCAGCGUCUUGCAAGCCCAUGAUAUAGUCCAUGACGCGUACCGCUAUGCCUACGAGGCCCUCAAUGCCGGCGACAAUGAAAGCCAUCGCUUGAAGCUACAUGCCGACAAAAUUUUGAACUGUACACUGCCAAUUGUUCGGGCAAUGGAGCUGGAGAUUCUGAAUCCUCAGUGGAUUGAGGAAGCCGAAGUUCUUGUUGCGGCACUCGGGGUCGCGCUCGAGGCAUCAGCUGCUGCAAUGGAAACUGUCAAUGUUGACCACCUCAAGAAGCCGGUACUAGUCAAGAUUCAGCGUGGCCGACGAGGUCGACCGCGAAAAAUCAUUUCGCAGGAUUGGCUGACAGCUGCUGUUGCACCAGGUCGCCGUCUCACCCUCACCAAGUUAGCGGAGCUGGCUGGAGUUCACCGGCAUACUCUACGGGCUUAUAUGAAGAGUUUUGGCGUCUACGAGAGGUUCAACCAACUUUCAGACCACGAUCUUGACUUGCUUGUGCGGACAUUCAAGUCCAAGAAACCGAGCUCUGGCCUAAGCUAUAUUGUCGGCUUCCUUCGCCGGCAUGGGGUUAAAGUUCAACGACGUCGUGUCCGUGCAGCAAUUCGGCGCAUUGACCCUCUUGGGACUGCAAUCCGGCGACAUGAAGCAACAGAUCGGCAGAAAUAUCGUGUUCCAAACUCGAAUUAUCUAUGGCAUCUGGAUGGGCAUCACAAGCUAAUUCGGUGGGGGGUUGUUAUUCAUGGCAUCGUUGAUGGUUAUUGUCGGACGAUUACGGCGCUGGAAGCGUCAACAAAUAAUGAAGCACAAACCGUCCUAAAUCUGUUUCUCUCAGCCAUCAAUCGCUUCCAUGUUGUGCCUUCACGCAUGCGAGGAGAUCGAGGAGGUGAGAAUAUUGAGGUAGCUGUUUGGAUGAUCAAGCAUCGAGGGGCACGACGUGCAUCUUUUAUGUGGGGCUCGUCAACCCGAAAUACUCGAAUCGAAAGACUGUGGGUAGAAGUUGGAACCCAAUUCGCGCGAAGAUGGCGCGCUUUUUUUACCCGGCUUGAACGCCUUCAUGGGCUCAAUCACACUUCUCCACGGCAUCUAUGGCUGCUUCAUCAACUCUUUCUUGACGAGAUCAACGACGACUGCCGCGAGUUCUCAGACGAGUGGAACCUCCAUCCAUUGAAGGGUAACGGGAACAAGGGCCAGUCUCCCCUGGACAUCCGGUUUGUUAGUGAAACAUGUCACGGUGUUGACGAAGACCAGCCUGGGAUACAUCCAACAGUUCUUGAGGAGUUUUAUGGAGUUGUCGAGGACACAGACGAGGAGUGGCAAGAUAUUGACGAUAUUAUUGCAAACGAUCAACAUCACGAUAUCCGUCAUGAUCCAAUCGCCGUACCAACUCACGAAGCACCGUUCGAUAAUGCCAUACAACAGCUUUUCUUCCAAGCAUUGGCACUGAAGCAGCAGGAAGGAGUCACAGCAGAGACGGAUUUUGAUGUCGACACAUAUGAGAUCUGCGAAUCUAUCCGAUUGGGUCGUGCUGGCAAGAAGGUCUCAAUUCAGCUUCCUGCAGUGAAUUGGUGGCCACGGACACUCUUAUGGACUCAGGCUUUAGAUUUAAUGACUGCAUUUUGUAUCGAACUUGGUAUUGAAUAA